AGAGAGAGAGAGAGAGAAAGGACAGUGCGGAGCUAGCCUGGAAAGUGGAAGGAGUGUUAUGGCCUUAGUGCAGGCGGUUCCUUCCUUCGCGUCGCGUGAUAUUCCAGGUGGAAGAAGAAGGACGACCUCCUCUCAACGCAGCAGCAGUGUCCUAAGGCUCCCUGUCCCGCAGGAGGACUCCGUCUGAGGGCAGAGUCUCCUUCUUGUCCCUCCUGAGGAAGGAAAAGAGAGAGAGAGAGAGGCGGGUGGAGGACCGAAUUCGUCUCCUGGCUGCUGACGACUGUUGCUACUGGUGCCCGAAGCAGGGCCGGGCUAAUUCCCUCGACUAGAGAGACACAAGGUUUGUCUUCACCAUCACCAGUCAUGAAGGGCGGCGGUGGUGGUCUCGCGGGCGCGUGGGCGCUCCUCCUGUUGCUAGCCUUCGUUGACGUCAUCGUGGCUCUGCCUUCGUCACCCACAGCGAUGAAACGGUCCGACGAAAACAUCCAAUUUGGGAAUCAGCAGAAUAAACCCGUCAGCGUCUUAGAUGAGGACGCCCUACCAGGGGCCUUCCCUUCCAGCGAAACGACAGAGAACGCAGAGCACGAGAAUCCUACGACGGAUCCCGAGGGCGACGCGGACGAAGUCGCCCACAGCAGCAGCGACGUCAAAGUGGGCUCCGAGGACAAAACCGAGGCGCGCGAUUCCGACGAAGACACCGAAGACGACCACCGGCAGGAAUCACCCCCUCCUCCUCCCCCUCCACCCCCUCCCAGGCCAGAGCCCACCACCCACGAAGGGCGCCACCUUCCUCCAAUGCCCGCGCACAUGAACCGCCGCAUGGUGCCCAUCCAUCGGGAGGAGAUGAUCAGCGAUCUCCCACCAGUGGCGUUGGCCAGUAGGUGGAGGCCGCCUUCGGAGUUUUACAAUGCAAAUUGGGGCAUGCCCUCUCUAUACGGAACCGUGGACGAUGGGACAUUCCCCGCCCGAAGGAAGCGUCGCUCAAUCAACCACCGUCAGCAGAAAUCUGACCCAAGGAAAGUCCUCCAGGUUUCCCUCAAGGCCCUGCGCACUGGUCACCGGCACAAGAGGGACCUUCACGACCUCAACAGGAUCCGCCGUGACCUGAGGAACAUUGACCUCGACAAGCUCCGGCGGGAAGUCGACGUUAUGGAGCUUCUGGCUAUGCUAGGCAAGGUCCCUAAGCAUCGCAACCCUGGAUUUGCCACUGUGACCUAUGCCCCAAUGGCUCCUGCACCCCCAAGGUUUGCUCCACAGCCCAAGCUCUUCCCCGACUAUGACGAGGAAGAGGAAGAAGAAGAAGAUGACGAAGAAGAUGAAGAAGGAAUGGGAUACCUGAGGCAGAACACUCAUCCUCCAAUGGCCCCUAGCCGAGUGAUGCUUCCACACGAGGACCGCAUCUGGAGGCGAUCCGGGGGUUAUAGCCUGUCAGCAAUGCCAGGCUUCAAGAGAUCAGCCUUCAGGGCAAACACGCCUGCUCCUCCCAUCAGAGCGCUGAAUCCUGGUGACGUGUACUCUCUCGCGGCCAUGCUGGGAGCAGAGCUAGACCCAAUCACCCAUCGUCUACGCAGAGCAGCUAUGUAAAGCGGAAAGCUGCAGAAACCCACAGCUGAAAAUGGGAGCAUUUACUUGAGACAGAAAGGCAUCAGCAGUGAGGAGACCAAUGGGACUAUUUUAUUUUCAGUAUUAUGUUUUAACUGAGGCUAUCUGCCUAGGGCAGUGUUAGAUAAGCAAGGUUUCUGGGAUCUUUUAGCACUGUGCACAUAAUUUUGUGCUAAGUUGUGAAUGCUUGUGGCCAAAUUGAUGUCACAGUUGCUGGUGUAUGUGGAACAUCAAUAAAAUGUGCAUGAAUUAAAUUUUUACCAAUAUAAAAAAAACAUUAGCUGCUUAGCGCAAAAUUUGCUAGCAAGAUGCCAGAAGUUGCCAGAAACGUGCUUUUGCGACACUUCCUCAGAGUAUUCUAUUUUGUUGAAUUGGCUUGAAAUGACAGUGGGGCUGGCUUAAGCUUUGCACAAAAAUGGGAACAAAUUACAGUGCACAUAGCUCUAAAUUUAACUCUAAAACAACCUUGGGUCUGGAUCAGGCAGAAGAAAAUGCAUGGAAAUCUAUAUGCCAUGAAACUCAACCUUAGACACUGUACAUUGUCUGACCAAGAGGAAACUAUUGUAAAUAAUCGAUGCUGUUUGGUCAGUAAGCAGGCAUCCAACUGAUAGUAUUCCAUAGCUGCCAAACCACAGCAUAAUACCAAUUCUCGUGCAAGAUAUAUGAAAACUAGGCAAGAUAUUCGUUUAUUUUUAAUUUUUAGAUGAACAACAAACUACUGCGAAUCACGAUAUGAAGAAAUCUUGAUGUGAAGUAAUAGUGAAUCAACAUCACUAGAUGCCAGAUGGUAGAUGAUUUCUGCUGUGUCUUCAUAGGCGUACGAUAAUGCAUAUUUUCUGUUUGCUUUCUUUAUGGCCUGUAGGACUACAUUUCAUAGAAUGACCAAAUUUCAGCGUUCAUGACACAUGUUGGCUAAGCGGCCUGUUGCUCUAGAAUAGGAAGCUAUAAAAUUUAGUCAGAUAUGGCAAUAAUCAGCAUUUUUACCCAGACACUGCAGUAUUAUGUGACAAAGCAUCCCCUAAAACAAGCGAUAACUUACAGAUUCUUUGUUAAUGUCAAACACAUUUAGGGUUGAAUGUGGUUUCAACAGUUGGAGGUCCUCAUCCUGUAGCCUACUCACCUGAGCUGCCAAGAAUCACUCAACUUUUUCCAUUAAUCUGAAUCAGAAUAACUGAAAAAUGAAACAUAAUUGACAAAGAUUGCAUUGCCAUUUUCAUUGCAAUUGAAAUUGUAAUUAAUCAAUUACAGAAUUAAAACUUGACACUUCAGUUAACAUACAUUCUGAUACUACAAUGAAACAAGGUUGACCUCACUCCCAUAAAAUGAGGUACCCCAAAACUCCUAAGACUCAGUCUCCCUGCAAAACCCAAGGGGUUCACCACCCCCAAGUUAAGACAACCCUUCUUCCGAGAAGAGCAAUUAGCUGAAAAACAUAGGCCAAGGAAUGCGUUUGACAAUGACACAUUAACUCGAUUCAUUUGCGAUUGAAAUCUUCCCAUUAAUCUGAUGGCUGUAUCAUUAACCAGCAAUAAUCAUUAGCUGACAUUUAAUUGACUCAGGAGUGAUUCCUUUUGGAAAAUUGCGAUGAUCAUACACAUGCACGUAUGUCAUUGCACACAUGCGUGCCAGGUAUCUAAGCAUAUGUAUAUGUAUACAUAAUGUCUAUGUUACACACAAUAUAUUUUCAGAUAACGUCACUUUUAACUUGAUAUUGCGUAAUGAAUUAAGGCCAAUAUGUAACGAUUCUCUUUGAAAUUUAUUCCAUAUAAAAGUAUUAUUCAGUAUGAAUAAUUAUUACCAUGUUAAAUGUAGAACUCGUGAAAAAAUAUAGAAAUAAAUACAAUUAGAUUU